CAUUUCCGGGCGGGGCGGGGCCGUUGGCGGCCGGAUCUCCAAUCUCGGCGGUGGAGGAGGCUGCAGGGGGAGCCCGCGCCUAGCCAUCGGCGAGUCAGUCUCAUUGUGAGGAAGACCCGGACCGGCGAAGGGGAGGCACUGAAAGGAGGGCUGGAAGAGGAAGAUGCCGAGUACGGACCUUCUCAUGUUGAAGGCCUUUGAGCCCUACUUCGAGAUUUUGGAGGUGUAUUCCACAAAGGCCAAGAAUUAUGUAAAUGGGCAUUGCACCAAGUAUGAGCCCUGGCAGCUCAUUGCAUGGAGUGUCGCGUGGACCCUGCUGAUAGUCUGGGUGUAUAAGUUUGUCUUCCAGCCAGAGAGUUUAUGGUCGAGGUUUAAAAAGAGAUGUGUUAAGCUCAUCAGGAAGAUGCCUAUUAUUGGUCGCAAGAUCCAAGAUAAGCUGAACAAGACCAAGGAUGAUAUUAGCAAGAACAUGUCAUUCCUGAAAGUGGACAAAGAGUACGUCAAAGCCCUGCCCUCUCAAGGCCUGAGCCCGGCUGCAGUUCUGGAGAAGCUCAAGGAAUACAGCUCUUUGGAUGUCUCGUGGCAAGAAGGGAAAGCCUCCGGAGCCGUGUACAGCGGGGAGAAGGAGCUCACCGAACUCCUGGUGAAGGCUUACGGAGAUUUUGCAUGGAGUAACCCGCUGCAUCCAGAUAUCUUCCCAGGACUGCGUAAAAUAGAGGCAGAGAUUGUGCGGAUGGCUUGUUCCCUGUUCAAUGGGGGACCAGAUUCCUGUGGAUGUGUGACCUCUGGGGGUACAGAAAGCAUACUGAUGGCCUGCAAAGCUUAUCGGGAACUGGCCUUUGAGAAUGGGAUCAAAACUCCAGAAAUCGUAGCCCCCCAGAGUGCCCAUGCUGCAUUUGACAAAGCAGCCAAUUACUUUGGGAUGAAGAUUAUACGGGUUCCACUGAACAAAAUGAUGGAGGUGGAUAUUCGGGCAAUGCGGAGAGCCAUCUCCAGGAACACCGCCAUGCUCGUCUGCUCUACCCCCCAGUAUCCUCACGGUGUGAUAGAUCCUGUCCCCGAAGUGGCUAAGCUGGCUGUCAAAUACAAAAUACCUCUUCAUGUGGAUGCUUGUCUGGGAGGCUUCCUCAUCGUCUUUAUGGAGAAAGCCGGAUACCCACUGGAGCAGCCCUUUGAUUUCCGCGUGAAAGGCGUCACCAGCAUUUCAGCUGAUACUCAUAAGUACGGCUAUGCCCCCAAAGGCUCUUCAGUGGUGUUAUACAGCGACAAGAAGUACAGAAACUAUCAGUUCUUCGUUGCCACGGACUGGCAAGGCGGCAUCUACGCUUCCCCCACCAUGGCGGGCUCACGGCCUGGCGGCAUUAGUGCAGCCUGUUGGGCCGCCUUGAUGUACUUUGGUGAGAACGGCUACGUUGAAGCUACCAAACAGAUCAUCAAAACCACUCGCUUCCUCAAGGCAGAACUGGAAAAUAUCAAAGGCAUCUUUGUCUUUGGGAAUCCUCAGUUGUCAGUCAUUGCUCUGGGCUCCCGAGAUUUUGACAUCUUCCGACUAUUUAACCUGAUGACUGCCAAGGGGUGGAACUUGAACCAGCUGCAGUUCCCACCCAGCAUUCAUUUCUGCAUCACGCUGGUACACACCCGGAAGCGAGUGGCCAUACAGUUCCUAAAGGACAUCCGGGAAUCCGUCACUCAGAUCAUGAAGAAUCCUAAAGCCAAGACCACAGGAAUGGGUGCGAUCUACGGCAUGGCCCAGGCUACCGUCGACAGGAACCUGGUGGCAGAAUUGUCCUCCUUCUUCUUGGACAGCCUUUUCAGCACAGACGCUGUACCUCAGGGCAGCCAGAUGAAUGGUUCUCCAAAACCCCGCUGAGCUGGGACCCUCCGUAGCUCCGAGGGGCAUCUGGCCUCUGGAAGGUUCUCGGGGUAUGGGACAGGCCCCGCCGUUGCAACAUCUGGUCUUGCUCCUCAGAGCACAGCGAAACAGACCAUGAGACAGCUUGAUCCUCAGGACUCUUGUUUCCAUCCUUUUGUGGUUUUUAACGUGAAGACCCAAAGGAUUCCGUGACGUAAUUAUUUUGCCCUUGUUCUAAAUGCGACCCUGGGACUUCUUUUAACUGUUCCCUUCUCUAACCUCUCUCUCUCUCUCAACUUCACUUAGUCACAUUGUGGCAGCUCUGACCUGGCCUGACUCCUUAGGGAAUCUGGGCUGCAGUUUAUGCGAUAGGAACAGGUUGGCUUUGUUACCUCGGGCAGAUGGGCUGGUCAGACAGGAAGCGUUCCCUAACCAAUGUCUCCCUGGUGGAGUAAGGCUUUCUCUAAGCAAGAGGCUUCUCCAGCUCUCCUCUUAGAGUGGUGGUUGUCGCAGAGUCCCUUUGACUGCAGCUCGUGUUAUUUCUCCAGGGCGCAGGCUGUAGAGCCGUUGAUUCUGUGAGGCAGGGUGCUUGCGGUCAAGUGGAUCUGCUCAGUCUGCCAAGGAGAGCUUGGAGUGGUCCGCUGGUCCUCUUCUUUGCCUGCAGUUUCCAUUUGAUACUUGGCUGAAGAUUGUUGUUUGAAACUGUGUUCCCAUUGGUUCAUUCCUAUUCCCACGGACUGGGAAGAGACUGCAGUUUCCAGAGAAUCUAGGACCUUCAGGCCCUGGUGCUGCCUCUCUGAACUGGCAGUGUUCAGAGCACACCUGAACCUUCUCCUGGGCCAGUGAUAAUCGGAACCAGACCUUUUCUAUACUUUUCUGAGUAUCAGAGUAGGAUGAGCACCCAAAUUGAAAUGUGUGCCUCACCAGAGUUGGUGGCGGGGAUGCAUGAAACUAUGCUUGAAAGAACAGCUCAAAGCACCUUCACAAGUUGCCUUGACUUACCUGAGGUGGCCGUGAGGAGGGCAUGAGAGGGCCCUCAAGGCCAGGGAAAUCUCUUUCUGCAUUAGUGUGUCUUCUUGCCUCUUCCCCCUUUAUUCAGAUCCCAAAGGUACUCUGGCAGUUAAGCCUCAGGUACUGGACACUCCUCAGCCCUGCUAGUCUGAGAUAAACUUUCUAGAAUAGGAAAGUGAUGGCAAAUGUCACGUGUGGCCUAGAGCCUGGGAUUCCUUCCUAAGACUAGUUGCUCAGGGUGGUGCAGGGACAGGACCCAACCCUGCGCCCACCUCCUACCCUCUUCCCCCUUACAGAGCCCUGAUCCAGGGCAAGCCACUGUCCUCUCAUGACGAACAUACCUUGUGCCUUCCUCCUCAGCCAAGGGUGGUGAUGGGCUGAUCCUGACUCAGGCCUGAGGGGAAAUGGACCAGUCUCUGAGGUUUUGAUCUGGGUAGGGCUAAGUCAGGAGAAACUUCCCACUGUUCCACCACCUGUCUCAGGGACUCCUGAAUAUUCUGCCUCUUCAGGCUGGUAUCCACUCGCCUCCCUGACUGGGAAUGCUGGCCGGGACAACCAAGAUGCCCAGGCCACCCCCUCCUCCCCCAAGCUCCUUGGCGUGUUUGUCUGACAUGUUCUUUAGCACUGUACUUCCUUCACAAUAACUGACCAGCUGGCCUUGCCGUGGCAGGGCUGGUGUGGUGUGUUUCAUUCUGUCUGUUGUGGGUUCCAAUGGCGGUUGGUGUGAGUGAGAGGCAGAGGCUGAGAUUCAUGGGAGUCAUGCUCCCCUCGGUUGCUGAACUGCUGUGUGCCUCCUGAGCGAGGAGCUGUGGUCAGAGCUGUGUGUGAACUGUCCCUGAGUCUCCAGUGUGUGUGUGUCAUGCUGGAGGAAGUCCAGGGACCAAGAACCGCCCAGCAGGCACCAUUGUGGUUUGUCAGCUGCUAAAAUGGAGAAGCACGUGCCUUGCCACAUGUGCUGUUGCUUCCAGGACCUCCCUCCGUGCUGUGACAUUGCUGUUGGGGGCGGGGGGGGUGGGCAAUGGUGUUUUUCAAAGGGACCUGCUGUUGCCACUUUAAUUUAUGAUUGUGAGCAUUAGUUUGACUCAACAUGUGUGGGCUUUCUAUUCUGUAUGUUUCUGUGCCUAUUAGUAAUACCUAGUCUGGCAGAGAUGGGUGGAAUGUCUUAAUGGUAUCAUGUUGCUAGCAGAUGUCACAUUGGCCUCUGCAAAAACUGUACUGUCAUGUUUCUGCAUUAGAUGUAAGUAGUUGUGUGAAUAUACUGCCAUGUCACUUUUAAGAUGACCAGUUUUGUACUUGGAAAAUGGUACUUGGCUCUUUUCAAUCUUUUCUGUCUAACCUCCCCCUUUCCCAUCACAGUGCUCCCUUCCUAACUGCAGCAAUAAUCUCUUAAGAAACAAGUAAUUAAAUGUCCUAAAUCUUAA